AUGCGCGUAGACGGCUCCUCCAACGAUCAAGGUAGCGAUGUCGAAAUCAUCUUGGAGAGCCCAUUUAGCAUUACCUUGGAACAAUCACUGCGAUUCGGCUUCCGGGCAUCCAACAACCAAGCUGAGUACGAAGCUUUAUUAGCCGGGAUGAGAUUGGCGGCCGAGAUGGGGGUGAGAAAAAUCACAUGCUGGACCGAUUUGAAAGUUGUCACCGAACAAGUGAACGACAACUUUCAAGUAAAGGACGCCAAUCUGCUUAAAUAUUACCAUCUCUUCCGAGGGAUAAGCAACCAGUUCCAAGAGAUACACGUUAAGGACACGCCACGUGGGAAUAACGAGAGAGCCGACCAGUUGGCUCGGCUGGCAAGUAGUCGCAAGCCGGGACAACUCCAGUCAACAAUACAUUUGGAAUUGCCUACCCCGAGUGUCACACAGGAAUGCAUGCCGGUAGAUGGAGCUUUACAAUCUUGGAUGACUGAUAUUUGGAAUUUCAUUGUUAACGGCUCAGAACCGGCCGAUCCGACCGAGUCUAGAAAGAUCCAGACUCAAGCAGCACGCUACUCCGUGGUAGCUAGAGAACUAUACCAACGAGGGUUCUCCACACCCUUGUUGAAGUGCAUUGACCAACAACAAGCCGAGUAUGUCAUCCGAGAGGUUCAGGACGGCAUAUGCGGGUCCCACUCUGGCAGAAGGACGCUCUCCGCCAAGAUCCUUAGAGCCGGUUACUAUUGGCCGACGCUAAAGUUGGACUGUGCCGAUUAUGUGAAAAAAUGCGUUCAAUGUCAGAAGCACGGGAACCUCAUUCAUGCCUCGGCCACCGAAUUGCACAGCAUCAGCUCCCCUUGGCCGUUCGCCUUAUGGGGCAUAGAUAUACUCGGUUCGUUCCCUCUUGCCAAAGGUCAAUGCAAGUUUCUGAUCAUAGCUGUGGAUUAUUUCACCAAGUGGAUAGAGGCCGAGCCGCUCACCUAUAUCACCGCUGCUAAUGUCCAAAAGUUCGUGUGGAAAAACAUCAUUACCCGGUUUGGUAUUCCUCACACACUCAUCUCCGACAACAGGCUCCAAUUUACGGACAAAAAGUUCAACACCUUGCUUGAGAAUCUCGACGUGCGGCAUCGGUUCACGUCUGUCGAACACCCCCAGUCCAAUGGCCUGGCCGAGGCAGCCAACAAAGUUAUCCUUAAUGAGUUGAAGAAACGGCUCGACUCGGCCAAAGGAACGUGGGCCGAAGAGCUCCAUGAAGUCCUCUGGGCGUACAGAUGCACACCCCAAUCAAGCACAAAAGAGACUCCGUUUCGAUUAACAUACGAAACGGAUGCUAUGAUACUAGUCAAAGUAGGUGAACCUUCAUUCCGACGGACGCACUUUCAUGAAGAUUCUAACGAUGGGGCAAUCCGAGCCGAACUUGAUAUCUUGGAUGAAACCCGAGAUAAGGCACAGAUCGUAGCUGAAGCGUGCAAACAGAGAAUGACUCGGCGCUUUAAGUCCAAGUUGACGCCAAGAAAAUUUCAAGAGGGUGACCUUGUUUGGAGGGUAGCUGGUUCGGCCCGGCGUAACCCGACCGAAGGAAAGUUGGCGGCAAACUGGGAUGGCCCGUUCCGAGUACGACAUGCUCUCCACAACGGCGCGUACAAACUGGAGGAACUGUCUGGCAAAGUCAUCCCACGAACAUGGAACUCCACCCAUUUGAAGACUUAUUACAGCUAG